CAGUGGAACAGUACAGAACUACAAUACAAAAAUCAAAACGUUUAAACUUUAAACAGGACCUAUUAAACAGAAAACUAUCUGAGCUUACAUUUGACUUGUGUCUUAUGUCAUGAUCCAUAUUUUAAAAAUCAUCCUGCUUUAGUAAAGAUGAAAAGUUAAAGUUAUCUAUUCAAAGAUGAAAACGAUUUACUUAAUUAUGUUAUGUGUGCUGUAGGCCUAUGUUUUAGAUGUUAUUUAGUGUCGACCAUCUUUUAAUAGGAAGUAGAUGAGGGUUAUGUCGCUAUGACUGAAUACAGCUAAACACCGAAACGUAAUUAAAUUGACAAAAAAAAAAAAUAAAAACGCAACAACUAAAUAAUAAUAAAGCUCUUUAUGUCCCAUGGACUACGGUGCGACCAAAAUGAUAUAAACUAUAGGUUAACGCAAUUUUUUAAAACAAUUUAUUUGUUUAAGAAAUGCUUUUUAAUGAAUAGUGUUAAUGGAACAGUUGCAAGUGUUAGACAUUGUAAAUAUUCAUUGUAAUUGUUAUGAUUAUGAAAUUAUGUGUUCCUAAAUUAGUGGGCGUGGCAUUCAUGAUUCCCUGAUUGAGUAGGCGCAGGCUGCCGUAGGCGAGGGUUGUAAUAAUACCGACAAUAUUCUGGCUUUUAUAAUUUUAGUAUAGCUAUAAGUAAUGAACGUAGUAGUGUAUUAAAUUUAAUAGUCUAAUUUAAACUAAUUAAAAUAAUUACAACGAAAAAACCUAGCAGAAAUAUUUAUAUUAUUAAUUAUUAUAUAAUCCUUGAACCACAAAUUUGACAAAAUUAAUUAAUUAUUUUGUGUGUUUUUUUUUACUCAUUAUCAUUGUUGUUAUUAUAUUAUUAGUAAUUUACUAUAUUUAUUAGUAUGAGUAAAUUAGGCUAGGCCUGCAUGAAAUGUCUGUGCCUCUAGUAACUGUUAGCUAUACUAUGGCAUUGGUCUAAGGCUCAAUUCUUUGGGCAAAAGUGUGUGAGAACUCCUCCAAGAUUACCUCAACCCCCUCUCCCCCCCCCCCCCCCCCNCCCCCCCCCCCCCCCCCAAGGAAAUAUGUAUUCAUUUCUAAACGAACGCAGUGCUGCUGCAAACGUACACCUUUCCCCCGGGUGCUAGUAGUAUGAAUGUGGUGACACUAAAGUGUUGGACUCGAGCCCUAUACUAUAUAAUAUUUAAUAAUAACAUUUUUAAAAAUUUUAAAGCCUCUUUAGAAUAGCUUUAAAUUUCCAUCCCUGGUAAAUACUCAAAGUAGUUAUUAGUUUAAUCCACCCUGGUAAAUACUCAGAGUAGUUAUUAGUUUAAUACCUCCCCACCCAGUAAGUAUUCAUAUCAGUUAUUAUUAAAUUAAAUACUCAUAGCACUUAUCAGUUUACUUCCCCAAUCCCCCAAAUAUUUUUGCUAUGUCCCUACAGUUUCUUUAGCUUCAGGCUGUGACUACUUCACUGAGCCCUACUUGUCCAGUGCACCACAUAGAGGACAGAACCUUUGUACCGGGCAACCUAAACCAACUGGUCUAGAUUCAAUUCCUUACUUUUAAAAAAAAGUCAGAAAUUGGUAAUUUCUAAAAAAAUGUGUCGUUAAUUUUCUUUAGUUUUUUUCGUGGGUGUUCUGAAUGAGUAAAUGUAUAUUUUAGAAUUUUGUAUUUAUUUAUUUUUUUUGUUGUUGUUUGAUUGAAUGUUAAAAAUAUUUUGUAUCUAUAUGUGGUCCCACCAAUGCGUCCUUGCAAAGUUUUGCAAACAUGGGACGAACCCAUAGCUGGGACGAUAUUCCGUUCUUCUUAAAUUCUUAUAAAGUGUGUGCGUGGGUGUACUAGAAAACAAGAUGAUUUAACUAGUAUUUUAGGGACGAAAAGAAUGUCAAGUCUUAAUUUAAUCAGGCGCCCUCAACUAAAUAGCUAUAACCGGCCAGGUCUGCCAGCUACCAAAGCCAGGUUUUAAUCUGGGGACAUCCAGGAACAAUUAACGGAUCGACUCCGGACUUUGUCUGUUAAAAAAAAAACAAGGAAAAGUUACAAAUUGAUUGAAUGGAGUGGUUAAAACUGUCGAAAAUAUAGAGCGACAUUGGUUAGAUUAUACUUAAAAAAGACAUUCUGUUUAUUAUAUUCUACCAUUGAUCUUGUUUUAUCCUCUAUAUCAAAUAUUGUCAACUAAAACAAGAAGAUGACAGUACAACAGUUUUUACCAGAACAAGUGACUGAACGAAUUAGAGUCCUUUAGAGUGAAUAAUUUAAAUUAAUCAUUCACCAAUCGCACAUGACUGACACAGUCACAGUGUCAGUAGUUUAGACUAUGUCUGUAGAAUAGAAUAUUCUUUUGACUACUCAGAACUCACUUAAGUUAUAAGCGUAAGCGUUCUCAUUUUAAUGUUAACACAUAUUAACAGUGUUUGAUGUUUAGUCACACACACUUUUUCCUUGUUUCAAUGUACAGUUGCUACUUAGAAACUUAAAACUAAAUUAAUAGGAUAUUUACACAGACAUCUCAAUCAUACUGAAAUAGAAUCAUAGAUCAAUCAUAGUAUUCAUAGUCAAAAAAUCAAUGAUAUAAAUAUAUUAUGAAUCUGGCUACCAAUAGGUUGUCCACCCCUGGUCUAUACAAUGGUAUUAUACAGUAGGCUACACACUUCAGUCCUCACACUACAUCAACAGCUACAGGCAUUACAAUAAAAAUGUUAAAGUCUAUGUUCAUAAUUUUGACAGAUAAAACUAUAACAAUAAUUUGAAAGAAUGAAUCUUUUUACUAAUUAAGUUAAAAUAACAAACAUAGUAGACAUGGUUGCUGAUGUACCUUUUUAUUUUAAUUUAAAAUAUUUUAAUGUUAAUUUUGCAGUGUUUAAAAAAAUUAUAAUGAAGUCACCACCCCAAAUACUUCCAUCAAAAAAUAAAAUCUAAUUCAAAUUUUACAGAUUUAAUUGUUUGAUUACAUUUACAUGUUACAUGUUUUAUGCUAUGUGAUAUAGUGAUAAUAAGAUUGAACAUUAAUUUUUGGGGCUACUAUUGAGAGUUUAAUUUAAAUAACAAAUAAUUCUGGAUUUUAAGUUGCAUCAUUAGUAAUCAUAUUGUUUAGCACUUGUCUAAUUUUCUUCACUUCAUAUGACUAGUUGUUUUGUUUUAUUCAAAUUGAAAUCUAAGUUAUUAACUGGCAUGACUGUUGGCUGGAAGACACUAGAUGUUGGCGAGAAGGUAAAUAUUUAACACAGUAGAGAAAACAUUUUCAGUUUCAACAAUUUGAUUUGGCGCAAGUUUUAUUAAAAAUCAUUUUAUGACAUUAAAUUAAAUUACUCUAUUUGCCAGCGUAUAGGAGGCGGCAAACUUUCAUAUGCAUCCCCUUUUUAAGCAAAUUUUAAAGGAAAAAAGAAAUUUAACAUUCACAUAACACACACCCCAUAUUUUGAGGGGAAAAAAGUGCACCCUAUAAACUGGCAAAUACAGUAAAUUAAAGUUAAGAAUUUAUUUUCAAAAGCCGAAUUAAAAGUAAAUUAAUAUCUUUAUAAAGGCGCUCAUUUACAGUAAAGAUGGCCGAGCAAGAAUUGAGGAAGGACCGCAAAGGGUAAAUAUUUUAAUAAAAUAUUUUCAUAAAAUAUUUAUGCAUAAUCAUUUAUGUGUGUACUUAAGCAAACAAUUGCAAAGUUUAAGGAUCAGAAGAAAAAAAUAAAGCACUAUCAUAAGUCACUAAUGGUGGAGUAAAUAAUUUUUUGACAAUCUAACUUUAUGUCUCUGUACAAAUUAGAAUAGAAUGUCUUUAGCAAUAAAUAAACAUGUUUUAAAUAAAUCAACAAAUCCUUGAGUUGUAUUUUUUAAUGUUUUCCUUCAGUUAUUCCUGUUUAGAGAGAAAUUCAAAAAGAUGACAUGCUUCUCAGCAAGCCAAAAAGAAUUCCUCAAAAUCAACUACAAAGAUGGACGCACAGAACAUGUCAAAGGGUAAUAAAAGUAAUUAUUUAAUUGUGUCAUAAGGUGCUCUUAUUAAAAUAAAUUGCUUUUUUCAUAAUAAGAAAUAUCUUUAAAAAACUAAAUAUUUUUUAAAAACUAAAAAUAUUGCUGUAUUUUUUGUUCACUAAAUGAAAAUAAUGUAAAAUGUCCUCCUUUGUUAUAUUAUAAUUAACCGUUUUAAUGAGAAAAUUAAGUAUUUUCAAUGUUAACUGAUGUAACCACAAACAAAUUUCUUCUGAAAUCAUUCAUAUUCUAUUGAAAUAGAACACCUGGUUAGAGAGUAUGAGCAUUGAGCAUACCAUAUUAUUUUCUUUUUGAUAUCCAGGCCGUGCAUAAUCCAUCAAAAUGAUAUUAUUCAUAUGAACAUCAGCGUAAAAAGCCUGCUAUCACUAGAUGCUAAUGAGGCUCUGAUUGUUUACAGUCAAAAUAAUGAAACCAAAAAUGUCAGACGAAGAAUACAGUAUGGUCCAACCUUGUUUCUUCUGGAAGAAAAUGAAUGGUAGAUAAUUCUUUAAUUGAGAUUGAAUAAUUCCUGCCCAUCUUAUUUAUUGAAUUUGAAUUCAAUUUGAAUUGAAAUCAAACAAAAUCAUUAUUUUAAAAAUAUAUUGAAAUCAAAUUGUGGUUCAUUGAACAUUGCCAAAUUUCAGAUGUUUUUAAGCUGGUACGGUGGGGUACGUUUAAUGUAGGCUACAUUUAAAACUAAAUGAGGAUUAGACUCUAAACUUUAAGUUAUAGUAUCAAUACUUAAAAAAUAAAUAUUGAUUCAUUUUUGCUUACAUUAUUUGUAGUAUUCAUGAUUCUUUAAUUAAAAUUUAUUGACAACUUUAAAUGGUUUUAAAGUUAAAGUUUUUUUUAUAUCUUAUUAGAAAAAACUUUUUUCAGGUUACAUGAGUUUAGCUGGCAUGGUACAGAUCCUGAAAAUAAAACAAGAAUGAUUCAAGACCAAAACAAGUUCUCAGUCCUUAAAAUAAUACCUGACCAGUUUUACUAUAAUGUAAGACAAAAUAAUAUCUGAUCAGUUUUACUAUAAUGUAAGACAAAAAUAAUACCUGACCAGCUAUAAUAUUAUGUGAGACAAAAUAUCUAAAUAAUAUCUGAUCAGAUGACAAAAAUAAUACCUGACCAGGUUUACUAUAUUGUAAGACAAAAAUAAUACAUGGCCAGAUUUAAUAUAUUAUAAGAAAAAAUAAUAUCUGACCAAUUUUACUAUAAUGUAAGACAAAAUAAUACCUGAUCAGUUUUAUUAUAUUGUGAGACAAGUAUAAUACCUGGUCAGUUUUACUAUAAUGUAAGACAAAAAUAUUUUUGAUUGUUAAAAACAUAACUGAGAUUGAGGCAGUCAUUCUUCAUACAGGAUAAAAGAAAGUUUUUCACAGAAGAUUAUGUUAAUUUUGGCUUCCUAUCUUUUUUUCAUAAAUUUUAUUGCAAUUUUUUAUUUUAGAGCCUCCAUAGUUUACUCAUUAACAAAGUUCAAUAGUAUAACUAUGACUCAUUGAAAAUACCUACACUGACAUAUAUGCCUAGCCUUAAGGAAUUUUUGUGUGAUAGGGAAGAAAUUGCAAUAAACCAAUUGAAAAAAUGGAAGACAAAAUGUUAAUCAAACUUUAAAAAAAUUAUUAAGGCAAUGCUAUUUAUUUAUAUCCAAAUUAUUUGAACCAAAAAUGCGAUUUUUAUUCAAAUUAAUUUUUUCCUGAAAAUCUUAAAGGAGGAGAUAAAAUAAUGUUCUUUAUAUAUUGUAAACAAAGCAGUAAUUUAAAAUUGUAAUUUUAAGAUUGUAUUAAAGCGGGUGACCCACUUUAUUAAAGUAAAUGUCUGUAUUUGUCCAGGUUGAUGAGGUAAGAACAUCAGAUGAUGCACUUUUGAGAAUAAAACUGAUGCUCUUCUAUGAACUCACCAACAUUGAGAAAAUGGUGAGAAAUAAUUCUGCACAAUGUAGAUCUGAGACACCUUGAAAUUAAUAAAAUAGAUUAAGGGCUGGGUGUGGGGGGUGGCUGGGUAUGUUCUAUCAAGGAAGACAAGUUUACAUAACAUUUAAUAUGACCUCUUUAUUCGUUUAUAAAAUGAAUUUGACUUUUAUAAAUAUAAUAGUAUUUCAAUAAAAGUUAGAUGGACUUAACAUUAUUUGUUAUAAAAGGUCUUUUUGCCCAAGAAAUCUACAAUUAAGAAAGACAUUGUUUUGUUUUUAAAAGGCUUGUAGCCCAAGAAAUUUUCAGUUAAAAAAGGCAUUAUUUGUCAAUGAAGUGAAAGUAAAACUUGUCAAGCUGUUUGUAUUGUCUAAAUUCCAUCUUCUUUGCCAUAGCUCAAUUCAAGUAAAGAUCCAAUGGCAGAUUUAAUCAAGUAAGUCAAUGCAGGAAUUUUUAAUCUGUAAAUUAUUGGUAUUUUUUAAAAAAGUAACUCUUUUAUUAACAACUUAAAAAACAAAGACUUUCAACAUUCUCACAUAUUUUGUCUUUUACAAUGUUUCUUCAUGCCACAUUAGAAUUAAAUGACUUUAAAAAGAGUCUCUGAAAAAAUGGCCAACAUUUUGUAUCUAUUUCUGUUGUGUUUGUGCUGAUGUCAUGUUUGUUGUUUCAGUUGUGUUUGUGCUGAUGUCGUGGCGUUUACUGCUAAGAAAAGGUAAGCACAGAGAAAUUAAUUUUCUGUAUAAGUUAAUUAAUGGUCAAUAAAAAUAUAAUUAAAUGAACUCUUUCUACCUCAGAGUACAGAGUUCCUGCAGACGUUGGUUUACAUCAGAAUUUUGUUCGAAUUUUACACAUUUGACAACUUUAUCAUAAUGGAAUAUUCUGUUUGUAGGCUUCAUUGAAAGUUGUCUCCCCUUAUUAGGGAUGUAUUCCUAGAAAUAGAGUUCUAAUCCAUUAAACUCUCUGUUGUUUUACACCUAGCUAUGAAGAAUUUAUUGAAACUGCCAGUGAGCUCAAUGACCUGAACAACUACCCUCUGUUGAUGAAUCGAUGUCCAACAAUUGGUUAUUCUGUGUCUAAAGUUGUAUUUCGAGGCUACUUUGCUCAUGACAAGCUUCAAAAGAUGCAUGACAUUAUGAUCCAACGGAGAACAGAGCUGAGGUUACAGGUAAGUUCACCCAUGUUUAUAAUGCUGUGCAAUUUUACCUGUAUGCACAACAAUGUUAGCUUCACAUUGUCUUUACUCAAAGUAAUUUUAGCCCCAUAUUUUAAAUAAAAUAUCAAAAUUAAUUUCUAAAAAAAUUAUACAUGUAUUUGGCUUACAAAUAAAUUUGACACAAAACUUUUCCAUAUUUCUAAGGCGCUAAAUCCUGAAAACUGAAUCCUUCCACCCUAAAUGGUUUAUUGCAUCAUAGCCAAAGUAGGAAUCUAUGUAGAUUUAAACUUUUUGUUUGAAACACAGUAUAGUAAUUUUGGUUGACUAGAGACAGUUAUUUUAUUGCUUCACAGUUUGAGAGAGAAAAGCAAGAACAAUCUCUGAUAGAUAGAAAACUCCAGGCAGACAUUGACAGGCUUGAGCAAGGUGAUAGUGUCACCCUAAGGGGAUAGCGUUAACUUAACUCAGUAGUGUCACCUUAACGCAAAGUGGUUUCAAUACAUGUCUUUUAAACACUAGGUUAUGGGUCGUGUCAGUACAUGGCUUUAAAAUACUGAGUAACUAAAAUAACAAGUAAUAGUUUAAUAACUAAACUCUUUCAACUAAUAGUUACUUAUAUUAUAAGUGAUUUUCUUUCUCUUUCAUUGCACAGAACAACAGAUGGAAAUGGAGAAUUUACUUCAUUCACACAAGAUGGAAAAGUUAGUUAAGAGCCAAUGUUAAAUAAUUGUGCUAAGCACAGCUCUUGUUGUUGCAGGAAUUAAAUUCUUGAAGUGGUUAUUGAAUGUUUUCUUUUUAAAAUUGUGUUUUCCUGAUCGAAAUACUGAGAUAAUACACUUUGUUUAUAAGCAAGAAUCAACACAAUGUCAUUCAUUAAAUUAUAGGGAAAUAUUGAUACUGUACAACAACGAUAACUUUUAAAAAGUUGUUUUGUUUGAAAAUGAAUUAUUAAUUGAGGUUGAUAAAUCAGAAAAUAAAACUCGAGUUUCUAGAAUUAACUUUUAAAAAUUUGAUUUCUUAUAGUGUUUCAUAAGUGAAUUCAGUUGUUAUAUUGAUAAUAAAAUAUUGAUAUAACAAGCUAUGAAUGAUCUUAAAUAGUUUUAUGUUUAUAUACAAAUGUCCAGGACUUCCCUUGAGCACAGGCUGAACUUAGAGAGGGAGAGCCAUGAAAAGAUGUUGGAAAAACUAAAACAAGAAAAUAUGGCUCAACUUAAUGUAAGUAAUUCAUUGCUCUUAACCAGUUGUUCUCAAACCUUUGCGGCCACCGCCUCUUGGGCCCACAAAUUCGACCUAACAAACCCAAUAAUAAGCAUUUCAAAAAUAAGCAUUUCACAACUCUCUCUGGUAGAUAAUCACACAAAGAUGUGUAACAUUGUAACAAAUAUUUGAACAAUUAAUCAAAAUAUAACUUGCCUCAUCAAUAUUUUAUUAUAUCAUUUAUCAGCUGAAAAUGUAACAAGUAAGAUAGUUAUUUAUCCAAAGAGAAUUAGGUUCAAAGCGGCUAAAUCUCACUCAAAUGCCCUUCCACCAAAUGCAAAGGUAACUGCACAACAAGAACCAUUCCAUUGUGGAUAAUAAGAAAGUAAAUAUCAUGCUGGAGACUAAACAUUUUUUAGCAGCCUUUAAAAUUUGGAUUAAAAUCAGUUUUGCUGAAUGAACCCUGAGACAACUACAACAACGGUUGCAUUAAUCAUAAAGAUGGGGGGGACAACUACCACAACGGUUGCAUUAAUCAUAAAGAUGGGGGACAACUACCACUACCAUAACAGCUGCAUUAAUCAUAAAGAUGGGGGACAACUACCACAACAUAAGCAUUAAUCAUAAAGAUGGGGGGACAACUACCACAACGGCUGCAUUAAUCAUAAAGAUGGGGGACAACUACCACAACAUAAGCAUUAAUCAUAAAGAUGGGGGACAACUACCACAACAGAAGCAUUAAUCAUAAAGAUGGGGGACAACUACCACUACAACAGCUGCAUUAAUCAUAAAGAUGGGGGACAACUACCACAACAGAAGCAUUAAUCAUGAAGAUGGGGGAAAACUACCACUACCACAACAGCAACAUUAAUCAUAAAGAUGGGGGACAACUACCACAACAGCAGCAUUAAUCAUAAAGAUGGGGGACAACUACCACAACAGCAGCAUUAAUCAUAAAGAUGGGGGACAACUACCACAACAGCUGCAUUAAUCAUAAAGAUGGGGGACAACUACCACAACAGCAGCAUUAAUCAUAAAGAUGGGGGACAACUACCACAACAGCUGCAUUAAUCAUAAAGAUGGGGGAACAACUACCACAACAGCAGCAUUAAUCAUAAAGAUGGGGGACAACUACCACAACAGCUGCAUUAAUCAUAAAGAUGUGGGAACAACUACCACAACAGCAGCAUUAAUCAUAAAGAUGGGGGGACAACUACCACAACGGCUGCAUUAAUCAUAAAGAUGGGGGACAACUACCACAACAGCUGCAUUAAUCAUAAAGAUGGGGGAACAACUACCACAACAGCAGCAUUAAUCAUAAAGAUGGGGGACAACUACCACAACAGCUGCAUUAAUCAUAAAGAUGGGGGACAACUACCACAACAGCUGCAUUAAUCAUAAAGAUGUGGGAACAACUACCACAACAGCUGCAUUAAUCAUAAAGAUGUGGGAACAACUACCACAACAGCUGCAUUAAUCAUAAAGAUGGGGGGACAACUACCACAACAGCAGCAUUUAUCAUAAAGAUUGGGACAACUACCACGAUAGCAGCAUCAAUCAUAAAGAUGGGGUUUUAACCAACCUGUGACUUACAUCAAAUGAAAAUUCUCGAAUCGCUCUACUAGAUAAUCAUUUUGUAAAUAACCUUUCUCUUCUAACUCUCUCUAGCUUUAAAUUAGUAAAUUCAUAAAUAUAACAGAGUUAAAAAAAAUUUUACGAUGUAUUGAACACAUUUUGAUAUUAAUAAGCUAGGUCUCAUUCCAUGACAACAACAAAUUUAUGACACGCAAUAUGGUGUGUGAUGUCUUUGCAGUCAGCAUCAUGUGAAGCAUUGGUUUCAAAGAACAUCAAUAGAAAGCAACAAUUCAUACUGCAUCGCUUUCAACACACAGUGCACCAGCACUUUGAGGGUGUUCUUAAAGCCGAUUGACUGCUGUAAAUUAAGGGCAUUGACAUUUUUAGCUACCAGGUGUUGGCCAUUAAUGAAACAAAGAGUAAUAAAGAAAUAUUUUGCAAUGAUUUUUCUUCCUUUCUAAUGAUAGACAAUGAAUGGUUCAAGCCAUCCAUCAAGUACAAAAUGUAAAUUAAACGUCUUGAUAAAAAAAUACAUAAUAUGUAAGCAGACUUGUGUCUAUGCUAUUGGGCCUACCAAUAAUCUCAGUAUUCUCAGACUUGUGUCUAUGCUAUUGGGCCUACCAAUAAUCUCAGUAUUCUCAGACUUGUGUCUAUGCUAUUGGGCCUACCAAUAAUCUCAGUAAUCUCAGACUUGUGUCUAUGCUAUUGGGCCUACCAAUAAUCUCAAUAUUCUCAGCCUUGUGUCUAUGCUAUUGGGCCUACCAAUAAUCUCAGUAUUCUCAGACUUGUGUCUAUGCUAUUGGGCCUACCAAUAAUCUCAAUAUUCUCAGCCUUGUGUCUAUGCUAUUGGGCCUACCAAUAAUCUCAAUAUUCUCAGCCUUGUGUCUAUGCUAUUGGGCCUACCAAUAAUCUCAAUAUUCUCAGCCUUGUAUCUAUGCUAUUGGGCCUACCAAUAAUCUCAAUAUUCUCAGCCUUGUGUCUAUGCUAUUGGGCCUACCAAUAAUCUCAAUAUCCUCAGCCUUGUGUCUAUGCUAUUGGGCCUACCAAUAAUCUCAGUAUUCUCAGACUUGUGUUUAGAAGGUAAUUAGCUAAUGAUAAUAGUGUUGGUUUGCGCUAAAGCUUUCAUUAUAAUUUUUUGUAUGUUAGUAACUCGGUGAUCUAUAUUUUGGGCUAACAGCUGAUGAAAAGUUUCCCGACUCCUGCCUUAGCCGCCCCAAGGAAAUUAAAUGGCGGAUAGGGACGCUUUUGAUUUCUUCUUGACCGCUCGGACACCCCAGUCCACCACUGGAUGCAAGCACAAGCCAUCUGUUUAAAAAAAAAAUUAAUCUGCUUCAUUUGUGAAGUCCAUUCAGUGUUUUCAACUCACAGUGCUAAAGUACAGUCAAUGUUUUGUUAAUCAACGCUGGUACAUCUGGUUGAAAAAUAUAUCAUACAUUCUUUACUAUUCUUCAUGUGUCAAAAAAUUUCUCUUUCAUCGACUCUUCUUUGGCAACAUUAAUCAGGGCCUAAAAUUACUUUGAAAUUCCUGGUAUAUAGUUUUAAUUAAAAAAAGCUUUUCCACUGUAAUGCCCACCGCCCACUUUGAUAACCCCAUCGCCUCCUUAAUUUUCCCAAGCCUUUCAGCACCCCUGGAUAUCAUUGACGCUCAUUUUGAGAACCACUGCUCUAAAUUAAAAAAUUAAAUAAAAAAUUAAAAUCAUCAUCACUUGAAGACACUACACCGUUGGCUUAAAGAUUAAAGCUUUUUAUAUUACUUUCUUCUCAAUCAGUCCAAGGUACUCGGUGAGCAGCUGGAAUUAGAGCACCUGAGCCGACUCUCUGAGCUAAAUGUCGAUGUGACCAAACUCCUCGCCAUACAGGCCGGACGGCCAGACAGAGUUACAAAUCUGGUUGUAGAAAAGGGUUUAGCCAAUGUCCACAUCCAUCAUAAUGAACCUCAAUCAUAUAGCAGCAUUUAAUCCAUUGGAUCCUCUGUUUGCAAUAAGUAGUUCUACCACCUUCUACCAAUCUAACAGACUUUAUAGCUAUGAGUAGUUCUACCACCUUCUACCACCUUCUACCAAUCUAACAGACUUUAUAGCUAUGAGUAGUUCUACCACCUUCUACCAAUCUAACAGACUUUAUAGCUAUGAGUAGUUCUACCACCUUCUACCAAUCUAACAGACUUUAUAGCAAUGAAUAGUUCUACCACCUUCUACCAAUCUAACAGACUUUAUAGCAAUGAAUAGUUCUACCACCUUCUACCAAUCUAACAGACUUUAUAGCUAUGCGUAGUUCUACCACCUUCUACUAAACUAACAGACUUUAUAGCUAUGAGUGGUUCUACCACCUUCUACCAAUCUAACAGACUUUAUAGCUAUGAGUAGUUCUACCACUUUCUACCAAUCUACCAGACUUUAAAAAAAUUAUUCUAUUGCUAUUCUCUAUAUUUAAGUAUUUGGCCAAGCCACUUUUUAUAAUACAUCUUUGUUGAUAAAACUUUGUACAUACAUUUUACGUUGUUGUAAUUUUUAUCUGAUGACGUUGAAAUAAGAAAUGUUUAGCAGCAAAAUUAGAUGAAAGAACAAAAGUCAAGAUUCCUUUGCAGAAUAAAGAGCAGAGAAUUCCAAUCUAGGAACAACUUAAUAGGCCAGUCCAGGAUCAAGUUAGUAAGCUGGUCUAGUAUCAACUUAGUAAGCCUGUUUAGGAUCAGCUUAGUAAGCCAAUCCAGGAUCAAGUUAGUAAGCCGGUAUAGUUUCAACUUAGUAAGCCAGUCUAGGGUCAGCUUAGUAAGCCAGCCUAGGGUCAGCUUAGUAAGCCAGUCUAGUAUCAGCUACUGUAUCAUCUCCUGAUGAUGCCUAAAGGCAAAUACUUAUUUCUUAAUUAAACUGUUUUGAAAUUUUAAAGCUGUAAUUCAUUUUGUCUUUGCAAAAUUAAUUGUUGAGGGUUUGCCCUUAACUGACAAUGGUGGUUUGACUUUUCAAAUAUUUUAUACUGUUAUUUACACAUUAAAUCUCUUUUUUUAAUAACUAACCUAUUUUGUAUGUAAACUUUGAUGUUCAGACCAGCUUUUAAUCUCAUUGUACAAACAAUUAUAAUUAUACAAACUUUGAUUAUUAAAAUGUUAGCAUACUUUAUAAACUCG